UACCAUCCUCCUCCAAUAUACGCCAAUUAACGCCCUACAAGUCAAUUCCCCUAAUACAACAGCCUCUACCCAUAUAAUACAAAACCAUAAGACCUACAGUAACAUUGACCUACACAAACCGACAAGUCAAAAGCCACAAAACCACCAAAAGCUCAACCACCCACCAACCCAAAAACGCCGUUAUAAAGAAAGGAAAUAAAAAUGCCUACAAAAGUCCCCACCCAAUCUGACUUCCCACCACACCUAACCGUCUCAAUCACAUCCCCAAAUACCACCACAACAACCACACGCCCACCACCCAACAUCCUUCUCCUCCUACACGGUAUCGGCGACACCAGCGCUACAUUCAGCACCUUCGGUCGCGCCCUCAACCUCCCCGAAACAACUGUCCUCACGCUCCAAGCACCAACACGUCUUCCCUUCGACCUCCCCGGAUUCCACUGGGGCGAUGACAUUUCCUUCGAUUCCCGCACGGGGGCGCUGGACAUGGACGCCGGGUUCACGCGCGCAACGCGCACGAUAGUCGACGAGGUUGUUCGCUGUGCUCUCGUUCAAAAAUGCGGGUAUAAGUUACGGGAGAUUAUGAUUCUUGGGUUCGGGCAGGGGGGUAUGGUGGGGCUUGUUUGUGCAAGGGAAUUGGGGAUACAGCCUAGGGUUAAGGAUGUGGGUGAUUCUGGUGCGCAUGUUGGGGGUGGGCGAGGGGGGGACAUGGCGUUGUCGGGGGUUAUUUCUAUUGGGGCGCCGUAUCCAAUUUCGGGGAGUGUGGUGGGUGAGAAGAAUCGGACGCCGGUGUUGCUUGUUGCUGGACGGGAUUCGGAGGCUGUGAGUGAUGGGGCGGUUAGCAGGACGAAGGGGGUCUUUGAAUUUGUGGAGGUCACCCGGUAUGCUAGGAGGGGAGAUGGGAUGCCAAAGUCUAGGGAGGAGAUGCUGCCUGUUAUGAGGUUUUUGGCGCGCAGAUUGAGGAGUUGGCAGGGUGUUCCAGAUGGAAGUGUGGAGAUUUCUUAGAGUGUUUUGGGAGUUGGUAAAGCGAAUCUUAUGCAUGGUGUGUAGUGAUGAUGGGUGUAGGGUGGGUAAGACGAUGCUGUGGCGCUUUGG